CUCUUCCUUUGCUGCGCCAAGAAUGGUCACAGUAUCCCCCAAGUGUGUCGCCUGGUCGUUUUUAGCCCAGAUUACCUUUGGUAUCGUCAACUUCCUCAUCUCCUACACGAACGUUCCUGGUGUUGAUCCCUGGGCCGUUAUUGGCUGGAUUUGGCUCACUUCUGGGCUCAUUGGACUCCUUGUGGGUAUCUAUUUCUGGUGGAACAUUGGCGCUAUGUUCUUUACUGAUGAACAGUUGAAGGCUGCCGAGACUUACAGGCAAUUAGACGAUCAGCUUCUCCCUCAGGAGUUGCCUCCCAACCGUUUGACUCUGGGUGCCAAGAUACUCACUAUCAUCGGAGGUAUGUGCGUCGGGUGGUCUCAGUUGAUGAUGAAAUGGGCUUUCGCAACGGACCCUAAGUCCACCGGCCCUUUGACUGCCGUCAUCUCCUCGGAUAUUAUUGUUGUUGGUGUCUUCUGCCACUUUGUCUACAAAGAGAGGUUGUCCGCUAUGCAAGUCCUCGCCAUUUGCAUCGUCCUUAGCGGUUUGGUGGUCAUGGCUGCUUUCGAUGGUGGCAGCUCGGGCAAGUUCAUGGGUUUCAUCUAUGCCAUCCUUGGUAUGUUGACUUUCGCUGCAAGUCUAUUAUGUAUUCGUCAGAGUUGCCGAGAUGGUAUGGCAGCAUGGUCUGGCUUCAUCGGUCGUAUGGGUGUCAUGUUCUUCAUGGGUCUCAUUGCCCUCCUCUACACUGUGUUCACCCACUCCUUCUUCCCUGAGGACUGGUCAUUGUGGGCUCAGAUGUACAUCUGGCCUCAGGUUGCUGGUAUAUCUCAAGCCAUUGGUGUGCUAGCUCUCAACUAUGCCUUGAUGUACCCCUCCACUGGUCCCGUCAACGUUAUCGUUGCCUCCAACUCUAUUAUCGUUCUCGCCCUCAACUUUUUCCUUUUGGGCCUCAUCCCCACGACUUCCAAGCUGGUUGGUAUGGUCAUUGUCAUUUGUGGUGUGUCUCUCAUCAUUCUAUGGCAACCCAAGAAGGCUAAAGAGGAAGAGGAGACCUACCAGUCCCGUCGUGAUGAGUUUAUUAAGCGUUCGUAUAUGCGCAGUGCCAGUAUGGGUGGUGGUAGUCUCAAGGCACGUAUGUCUACCGUUUUCCCUGGCGAGAAGUCACCAUUGCCUCCCACCGCUCGUUCUGGUGUUGCUGGCGCAUUUGCCGUUGUAUAA